CCGGUGGCGCCGCCGUGAGCAGGGAGGAGGAGGAGGCGGGAGGCCGGGCCGGGGCGGCGGCGGCGGAGGAGCAGUGGGUUCCCGGCGAGAGGCCGGGGGAACGGCUGCCGCCAUGAAGAAGCAGUUCAACCGGAUGAAGCAGCUGGCCAACCAGACUGUCGGCAGGGCUGAGAAAACAGAGGUGCUUAGUGAAGACCUGUUGCAGAUCGAGAGACGUCUUGACACCGUGAGAUCUGUUUGCCACAUUGCACAGAAGCGAUUAAUUGCAUGUUUUCAGGGCCAGCAUGGUACAGAUCCUGAUAAGAGACAUAAAAAACUUCCUCUAACAGCUCUUGCUCAAAAUAUGCAAGAAGGAUCUGUCCAGCUAAGUGAUGAAACUCUGUUGGGGAAAAUGUUAGAUACGUGUGGUGAUGCAGAGAAUAAACUGGCAAUGGAGCUCUCUCAGCAUGAAGUACAGAUCGAAAGAGAAGUUAUAGAUCCACUGUGUCUGCUAACAGAGACGGAGAUCCCGAACAUUCAGAAGCAGAGGAAACAGCUCGCAAAGCUGGUGUUGGACUGGGAUUCUGCAAGAGGAAGAUAUAACCAAGCCCACAAGACUUCAGGAACAAAUUUUCAAGUGCAUCCUUCAAAAAUAGAAUCUCUUAAGGAAGAGAUGGACGAAGCUGGAAAUAAAGUAGAACAAUGCAAGGAUCAGCUAGCAGCAGACAUGUAUAACUUUGUGUCCAAAGAAGGGGAAUAUGCUAGAUGUUUUGUUAUGUUAUUAGAAGCACAAGCAGAUUACCAUAGAAAAGCAUUAGCAGUCAUAGAAAAGGUCCUACCCGAAAUUCAAGCCCAUCAAGACAAAUGGACUGAAAAACCAGCGUUUGGAACUCCAUUAGAAGAGCAUCUCAAGCGCAGUGGUCGUGAAAUUGCAGUCCCUAUUGAAGCCUGUGUAAUGAUGCUUUUGGAAACAGGAAUGAGAGAGGAGGGCUUAUUCAGAAUCGCUGCUGGAGCCUCCAAGUUAAAAAAGCUGAAAGCUGCCUUGGACUGUUCAACUUCCCAGCUUGACGAAUUUUAUUCCGAUCCCCAUGCUGUUGCAGGUGCCUUGAAAUCCUACUUGCGAGAGUUGCCAGAACCUUUAAUGACCUAUGGUCUGUAUGAAGAAUGGACACAAGCUGCAAAUAUUCAGGACCAGGAUAAGAAGCUACAAGAGUUAUGGAGAAUUUGUAACAGAUUACCUAAGCAUUAUCAUGCUAAUUUCAGGUAUUUAAUCAAAUUUUUAGCAAAGCUUGCACAGAACAGCGACGUUAACAAAAUGACACCCAGCAAUGUCGCAAUAGUCUUGGGCCCCAACCUGUUAUGGGCAAAGAAUGAAGGAUCCCUUGCUGAAAUGGCAGCAGCAACUUCAGUCCAUGUGGUAGCAGUUAUUGAGCCAAUUAUUCAGCAUGCAGACUGGUUCUUCCCUGGAGAUCAAGAUUUCAAUGUGUCUGGGGCAUUUGUUGCAGUUCCUGCUGUUAAUUCAAAUCACUUGUCACACACUGGCAAUGAAUAUGAAUCUGGGACACUGGAACGGAAGAGACCUCUUAGUAUGACUGUAAUGGAUGGGGAUUUAUUGAAGAAGGAAAGCUUUGGUGUCAAGGUUAUGGACUUCCAAGCGAAUCCUCGGAGAUGUGGCACUAUAAAUAGAAAGCACACAUCCCCAGCUUUCCAGCCACCACUUCCACCCACGGAGGCUGGCGUGCUGGCUCAGGCUGGAGCGGAGCAGCACUCACAAGCUUCUGUGGCUGAAACAAGCCCAGUGGGUGCUGGUUUUGCUCUCUCUGCUGGCACAGCAGAACAGUUGCAAAGUCAAGCAAAUGAGGAUGUCAGCACCUCAAAAUCUAAGGACAACACGUCUUCAGCUACUCCUCCACCCGUGAGAAAUGGCGGGCACGCAGGCACCGUCCAGAACCAGUCAACAAGUAGCACUAAUCAGCUUUCUGUUAAUCAGCCACAGAAUGCAGCAGGUCCCAGUCCCCACUCAAUGAGGAGAGCUGUUAAAAAGCCCGCGCCAGCCCCCCCCAAACCAGCCAACCCACCGCCAGGGCAGCCAGGAAGCCAAAGCUCUGCCCCAGCUGCUCAGCCACCUUCUGUCUCUCCAAAACCACCUUCUAGAAGUUCUUCACCUCCUGCUCAACAUGCAAACCAAGGAGCAGCCCAGACCUCCACUUCCCAGGUUUCUGCACCUCGGAGAUAUUCCAGCAGCCUUCCCCCAAUACAAGUUCCCAGCCAUCCACCACCACAGCCCCCAACACAGGCUGCUACUCCUCCAGCGCAGCCCAAAUCAAACAGUCAGACGUCUCCUCCUGCUGCACCCAGCAGUGAGCAUGGACCAGAGCAGCCCUGUUACACUCCUCCGCAGACUCCAACACCUCCUGAUACUCCCCCUCUAGGAAAACAUAAUGCUAGUUCCCCAUCGUCACAGCCACAGCCAGCUGCUCAAGAGACCUCUCAGUCUCCCUCUCCACCGCAGAGUGGUACACUGCCGAGGCCACGGCCCGUACCAAAACCCAGAAACAGACCUAGUGUUCCCCCUCCACCUCAUCCUCCCUCUCAGCUGGCUGGAGAUGGUAUUAUUGCAAAUCCCGCGCAAACAGCCUCCAAAAUAGUAACAGACUCUAAUUCCAGUAUUCAAGAACCACUUCAAAACCCUUCUUCAGAGCUCCUUACAGAGCCGGCGAGCAAAGAACUGCACAACCAUCUCAUGCUCGAUAUUGACAAUGACACGGAAAGCACUGCUCUCUAAUGGAAACUCUCCAGCUUUUUUAAAGGUUCCUCUCCCGGUGGGAAAACUAACAGACCUAACGGUGAAAAGCUUCUUUUGACGAUAUGGCAAAACUGUGUGGAGUUUGACUUGUGCAUCACGGAGAAAGUGAUUUAGCCAUUCAGAAGAAGUUUAAUGAUCUGUGUCUCAACAAUGGUUUUCAAAAUCGUGGAUGGAAGGAAUUAAUUACUGCAGAAACUUGCAUAGGAAGCAUAAUUGCUGCUAAUACAGAUGGUAUUAGCAGAAAUUCCAACAGAAUAAGAAGCAAACGUUAGUUAUUUAAAGUGCAUGUAUUACGGAAAUAAUCUUUUUAAUGUCACGGUUAGACUUUUAUUUCUAGUUCUUAGACAUUACAAGGAGAUGCCUUGCAAGAGACAUUCCCUCACUGAUUUGCUGCAGAUUCUUUUUAAAACAUGAACCAAAAAAAUGCCCGAGUGCUGGUGGUGACUGCUGGUUAUCAGUCGCCUUGUCAAAACUGUGGAUGUAUUCUAGUGCCUUGAAGGACUGUCAUACUGUAGAAGGAAACUUACUGUAUCUUUAAUCAUUUCAUUGCUACUUAAUGAUCAGUACUUAAUACUUAUUUCAUAGUUAUUUGUAUUAACCAAGCCUGCUUUUGUUUAUGUGGAACUUGGAACUGUUUCAAGAUGAAACUGUGGAAGUGUUUUUUGUGCUUUCAUUGAAAAAUGGUUGAAUUUUGAAAGAACUUUGAAACAGCUGUUUGGAUUCGUCAGUGGGGUGAACAUUUAUAAAAUUAAAGAUUGUCUUUUGUCAACUUAAGGCAUCUUUAUUCACGUUUGUGAGUUAACGUUGCUUCCAAUGGACACUGAAGGUUACACAGUUGUUCCCUGGGCUUUGUAGCUUGAGAUCGCCGGAUAUUCAUUCCCAGUAUGCUUCUGUUAUCCUUUAAUAUGUAGAUUCAUGUUAAACACAACUGAUUCCAGCUGCUAAGAGAAACACUGCAUACAGCCUGUAUCAUACAGAGAAAUGAGACGGAACAGGCCAUACAGUUUCUGCAAAUGAGAGGGGAGGAGAGGAAACUAGUUAACUGAGGUAACAUUCGUAGAGCUAUUUGAAUCGAUUUACUUAAACUAUAAAUUCCUUAAUACUCCAUCGUACUUUUUAUUGAAGUUAUUAAACUAGACCUCAGGCUUAUCCGCAAAAUAAAACUGCAUUUCAUAAAGGUCUUGACAAGACACAUUGCCCUUGGCAUCACGUUAAAUAUAUUUUAGUUGCUGUCUGAUUGGUGCCCCAGUUUGAAAUCCCAGUGGCUGCCCAGUUGUUUCCUGUUCGGACAUCUCUAAACAGGGAAGGUGACCCCUGUCAGUGGGUGCAGUCCUGCUUUCCUCUGUCUCUACAGUAACGCUGUAACAAACUCCUGUAACUCAAAAUUCAGUGUUACCAGCCAAAAAUUC